CGGUUGCUGUGACAUGAGGGACAGACCCCAGGACAGGCACACGCAGUUUUGUUUUGCAUGCACUCCACAUCACUGAAGUGAAUAACAGGCCUGUUAAUGAGCACUCAGGGCUUCGAUUGGACACAGCUGCUUCCUCACCCUCAACCUUGCUGGCCUAGAAACCAAACCUUUCACUUCAGGGUGUUAAGAGACCUUAAUGAUGCUGAAUGCCUAAUUGAACUUUGGUAGCAAGUUCGUAUUGUAUUUCAUCAAAAGUGUGCUUUUAGCUGUUCAUUCUGCAAUUACAGAGGGGCAAAAUACCCUAAGUUUUAAACAAGGCAUGUGUGUCCAUGAAGCAGACUCAUGUAGCUCCUCCCCUGACCCAUUGAUGAAGAAAGGAGACGAGACAUAGACAUGCCUGACAGUGGCCCCUAACUGCAAUAGAGGAAGGAUAAGAUAAUGGCAGUUAAGGCUUAAUGAGCAGACACUAGGCUCCAACUUUGUUAUAAACACUUCCUAUGCCUUGUAUAAUGACUCCUCCUUACAGUCUUCUGCGUAUAUUCCCAGUCCCACAGGUCAUGAAAUGAAUGGAGCCUCUGAAUAGUUCUGAUAGGUUCACAGGCCACAGUGACAGGAAUUUGAACUCUUGGAGUGGUCCUUCUGAGCACUGAGGUCAAGAUGCUAUACACAAUGUGCUCUUUUACCAGACAGCCUGUGGAGCCCGAGUACAUACCAGCCUUAAUAGGUGUGGUGGCUUUGUUUCCUGACUAUGGGGUGCAAAGGCCUUAGCUGCUAAAGACAAAUCCAUUUGUGGUAAGGAGCACAGCUCUUGAGAACUCCUCUCCUGUGAGGCAGAAAGGGUUCCUUUCCUCCUGCUGACUUGAGUCAUUAUGCUUGCCCAUCCCAGAAGGUGUCUGUCACCUCCUGGGCUCUGGGAAAACUAAAGGAGCCUCUUAGGAAGAGGUCCAGUCUCAGGCCCAAGGGAUAUAGAGCUGUAUAUCUUGGACAAGAGUGUGGUUACUGAUGUUAGAGGGGUGCAUGUCUGCAUGAAUGGAGUACAUGUUAAUACGGGGCUUAUUGCUGCUCUGCCCAUGUCCUUCUCUGCAUCCACUCAUCCUAAGAUGCACCUGUGCCUGUUCCCCAGGUUAGUCUCAGUAAGCACCAGGUGAGAUGCUCACUGGCCUCAAGGGAAGCCCUACCUAGGUGCUGAGCAGAUUAUCAUAGCAGCACCCCCCAACAAGCCGCAGUGUUCCAAGUGACAUUGGCCCUCGGUAGCUCUAGCUCCCACUCCAUGUCUUCUGUGUGCAGCUGGAUUAAGAUGGCCUCACACUAGCUCUUGGUCGAUUCUGCUGGGAGAGCUCUUUCCAUCUGAAGCUGACCAGAAGUCUGCCGAUGAUGGCGGUUUCAUAUACUUUUCAGAAUCAUCUAGGUGCAUGUUGGAACAAUUCAUUCUCUCCAGGGUUUUACAGGGUCGGUGGAGUAGAGGAAUUUUGUGUUCAAGGUGGGUGGGGAGGUGAUAAAGGAGGAAGUUUGCUGCAGGAUUCUUAGAACACAGACCAUGACAGUGGGAAUCUUGGUUCUGUAAGAGGGCAGUAGACUAUUCUGCAUCACCCAUGCUGACUUGACCUCAGAAUCCCUGUUUAUCAGAUGUUCUGGAACUGGUGUUUCUUAGAAUGGCAGAGUGAGAGAGAACUCAGGCAGCGGGCCUUCCCUGCGAAGUCCAGGCCCACCACUUCCUGUUCUCUAGAACAACGGACUUCACUUCCUAUGGCCUCUGCCUCCUUGUCUGUGAAAUAUAAAUAAUAUUCUUCCUUGCUGUAUGGAAUGUAUGCCAGCUCUCAUUGCUAUUUACCCAGCUCCCUCUAUUAAUAAUAUAAGUCCCUCCCACACACAUCUACUGCAUGUAUCCCCAAAGGCUCGGUUCUGUUUGAACUAGGAAAUGACUGAACCAGGAAAUAAUAUAGAGAUCUUGACUUUGGGGGAAUACUCAACAGUUUCCAGUUUAAAUUAUCUGUCUAGUCAGUGUGGCCACAGAGUCAUUGCUAAAACUGAAAUGCUGACUUUGACUAAAGGCGAAAAGGAAAAGGGACAGUGGUAAGAAUGAUUCUGGUAUCCAUCUAAUUUGGACAGGUCGGUAUAGAAAAUGUAAGGCUAUGAGUACUAUGUAACAGUAGACAUCAAACGUUUAAAAUCCAGGUUUCCUAGAUGUAUGCUGUGGGCAGAAUGGAGAUGGUGGAUAGUCCCUGUCUAGGAAGAAAGGAGAAAGCCAUAGAAAGAAGAAGGCAAUGCUUCCUUUAUGGGGAGGAAAGGUGGACCGGUUUUCUGCUAGUUCACAGACAAACAGAAGGCUUGGUUGUAAACAGACUAAUAAAAACCAGGAAGGCUGCGAAUGAAUGAGCCCCUCCAUGUAGAAACGAGAUGCUUAGCUGCCUGCCCCUCCACCGACAGCCCUCACCGAUCAGACAGCUCCAAAUGGCUCUUGCCGGUGGCCCUCCCCCACGGGCCGUCCCCUUUUCCACACCCCCUCAACGGUCGAGAGCUCGUGGUCUUAGUAACAGAGGACUUCUGACUGUAAUCCUAGCGCGUCACUUUGUUGAAGGCAAACACGUGGUUUGGGGAGCAUUUAUAAAUCUCUGCUCCGGGCAGGAUCGUGAUGUUAUCUGCUGGCAGCAGAAGGUUUGCUCGGAGCUGAGCUGCGGACGCUGUGGGCCAGAGAGCCGGGGCGAGAGAUUGAGAGAACAAGCAGAGAGCUGAGCCCUAGGGCAGGCGACAGGGAUGAAGAGUAGAAGCAUUAGGGUUUAAGGAGCCGUCCUGAAGCCACCGGGCUGCAGAGAGGAGUAGGUAUCAGCAGAGGUCUAUUUUAGGGUCGCAAGUCCCUUCUUACCCUAACCGAGAAAGUGCAAGCUUGCUGGAAGCCAGGAGAGGCUGGGGAAGGGUGCGGGUCUCCGAGGCGCCCCGCAGCCAACCCGCCCAGGAGGCGGUGUUGUUCCGCAGGGGGUGAAGGAGGUGGCCGAUCUCUGUCGCCCGGUGGCCGCCUGGAGCAAGAGGAGGAGGAUCUGCAGGACGGAGCUGGAACCUAACCCCCUUUGCAGGCAUCAGCGGCGGCUGCAACGUGGAGCGACCCAGCCGGGUGUAGGCCACAGCGCGGCCGCAGGAGCAGGAUCGUCGCUGCCUGCUCCGGUCUUGGCGGAUCUCUGGGGCGGACAGUACCCCACCGAGUCCCCGAGUGAGCCGCGCCGGGGCGCAUCUGCCUCCCCGCGGCUCGCCAGGCUCGCCCUCGGCGCGCGCACACACACGCACGCGCGCACACAUCCACACGCACACUCAUCCACACACGUGUGGAAGGCAGGCCCCAGCCGCUCGGUCUUUGAACAUCUCAGUUAGAGCCCGGCGCAGCCCCGGCCGCCGCUCUGCGCUCCCCGCGGCCCUGCGCGCCUCCUGCCAGUCCCCGGACCUUCUCGUCUCUUCCCUUUUGGGCGAAGGAUCCGAGUUCAGAUCCGCCACUCCGCACCCGAGCCUGACACACAGAACUCCAUUUCUUCCUUUUAAGUUUAUUUCUACUUCAGAGCCACUCACUCCCUCCCUUCCUGGGGGGAAAACAAACCUUUCUUACUCCUUAAAGUGAGAACCCCCUCCCCACGCUUGAGCAUUGCAUAUUACUGUCUCCACGUUGGGAACGCGUUGCACUUUCUUUUUUUAAAGGAAUCACAGCAGGGACGUUUUUCUAUCGGGCAUUGACUUUUGAUUGCUUUGCAAAAGUUUCGCAUUAAAAAAACAAACAAAAAAAAAACUUUACCUGACUUGCUCUGAGAAUUAUUGGUUUCUUUUUAUAUUUUUUUCUUACUUUAAACAACAACAACAACAGCAACGUUCCCACCUUUUAAAAACAUGCACUACUGUGUGCUGAGAACCUUUUUGCUCCUGCAUCUGGUCCCGGUGGCGCUCAGCCUGUCUACCUGCAGCACCCUCGACAUGGACCAGUUUAUGCGCAAGAGAAUCGAGGCCAUCCGCGGGCAGAUCCUGAGCAAGCUGAAGCUCACCAGCCCCCCGGAAGACUAUCCUGAGCCGGACGAGGUCCCCCCGGAGGUGAUUUCCAUAUACAACAGUACCAGGGACUUACUGCAGGAAAAGGCAAGCCGGAGGGCAGCCGCCUGCGAGCGCGAGCGGAGCGACGAAGAGUACUACGCCAAGGAGGUUUAUAAAAUCGACAUGCCGUCCCACUUCCCCUCCGAAACUGUCUGCCCAGUUGUUACAACACCCUCUGGCUCAGUGGGCAGCUUUUGCUCCAGACAGUCCCAGGUGCUCUGUGGGUACCUUGAUGCCAUCCCGCCCACUUUCUACAGACCCUACUUCAGAAUCGUCCGCUUUGAUGUCUCAACAAUGGAGAAGAAUGCUUCUAACCUGGUGAAGGCAGAGUUCAGAGUCUUUCGUUUGCAGAACCCCAAAGCCAGAGUGGCUGAACAACGGAUCGAACUGUAUCAGAUCCUCAAAUCCAAAGACUUAACGUCCCCAACCCAGCGCUACAUCGAUAGCAAGGUUGUGAAAACGAGAGCGGAGGGCGAAUGGCUCUCCUUCGACGUGACUGACGCCGUGCACGAGUGGCUUCACCACAAAGACAGGAACCUGGGAUUCAAGAUAAGUUUGCACUGCCCCUGCUGUACCUUCGUGCCAUCGAAUAAUUACAUCAUCCCCAAUAAAAGUGAAGAGCUCGAAGCGAGAUUUGCAGGUAUUGAUGGCACCUCCACAUAUACCAGUGGUGAUCAGAAAACUAUAAAGUCCACUAGGAAAAAAAACAGUGGGAAGACCCCACAUCUCCUGCUAAUGUUGUUGCCCUCCUACAGACUGGAGUCACAACAGUCCAACCGGCGGAAGAAGCGUGCUUUGGAUGCCGCCUAUUGCUUUAGAAAUGUGCAGGAUAAUUGCUGCCUUCGCCCUCUUUACAUUGAUUUCAAGAGGGAUCUUGGGUGGAAAUGGAUCCAUGAACCCAAAGGGUACAAUGCCAACUUCUGUGCUGGGGCUUGCCCGUAUCUAUGGAGUUCAGACACUCAGCACACCAAGGUCCUCAGUUUGUACAAUACCAUAAAUCCUGAAGCCUCUGCUUCCCCUUGCUGUGUGUCCCAAGAUCUGGAGCCACUGACCAUCCUCUACUACAUUGGUAACACACCCAAGAUCGAACAGCUUUCCAACAUGAUCGUCAAGUCUUGUAAAUGCAGCUAAGGUCCUCAGAAAAGCCACGACACGAAAAUCACGGUGACAAUGACGCAUGACAACGACAGCGAUGAUGAUGAUGAUGAUGAUGAUGAUGAUGUCUAUGACACGAGGGAGUUUUGAUUCAUCAGUGUUUAAAGGAAAAAAUGGAGAAAAAGCGGUACUAGUUCAAACAUUUUGCAAGCUUGUGUUCUGUUUGUUAAAACUGGCACCUGAGAUUACAGCGACAAAAAACCACGGAAGGCUUCAGUCUGCAUUUCGCCUACUUCAUGAGAGACACCAAAAGAAAACAUCUUUUUUUUUUUUUAAAGGAAAAAAUAAACACUGGAAGAAUUUGUUAGUGUUAAUUAUGUGAAAGAAAAACAAAACAGGAAAUCCGUUCAGUGGAGUUGUACGUAUCGUUUGCACCCACACUUCGCCGUGCUUCUCCUGGUUCCUCUGUAUUGCUCUGCAGUGGGCACCUUCCCUGUCCCUUCCUCUGAGCUAACAGUGGGUUAUUUAUUGUGUGUUACUAUAUAAUGAACCUUUCAUUGCCCUUGGAAAACAAAACAGGUGUAUAAAAUGGAGACCAAAUGCUUUGCCACAGACUCAUGGAUGGCUUAAGGAAUUUGAACUCAAACGAGCCGGAAAAGCAGGCAGUCACACCAGGAUGAAAUCCCUGUGAGUCCUUAUAUAGAGAGGACUUCAGUCUGCAAAAGUGUGGAAGCCCCAGGAACACGAGCUGUGCACCAACUGCCUGCUUCACGGGCGGCCAUACACUGAGAAGGCCUGUUAAGGAAGAAAGCCUGGAGUCAGUGGGACUCUGGGAGAUUGCUUUUUUUUUUUCUUUCUUUUAAUUGUAAAUGAUUCUUUGCCAGUUUAAGCAAGCCAGUGAAAUGUUGACCUGUUUUGACGUGUUUUGUCAGACUUUGGACCGUGAAGUGGCCGUAGAGCGCCGAUACAGGUUUUUUUCCUUUGUCUUGGGAUAUGUAAUCACACUGACACUAUUAAAAUAGAUGGGUCUAGAAGCCAGCAUAAUUGAAAACACAUCUGCAGAUCUGUUUUACAAACUAUUAAAUCAAAACAUUAACUACUUUAUAUGUAAUAUGUAGAUCCUUACCGUAUUUUUGAUGUUCUGUAAUAAUGAUUAUGAUUUAGAUUGAACUUAAAUUUGGACUUUUUUUUUAAUGGUCAUUCAGAUUGUAUGUUUGUUUCCUUUAGCUGGCCAGUAUCUUUGAAUAAAACCCCUAGAUUUUGACUUGCACUACAAAUUCAUUUUUUUUUUAAAUAGUAUCUUCUCUGCUUGUCUUUUAUGUAUUGUCCAUUAAAUGACAUAAGAUACUCGGGUCCAUUUUUCUCCCUUUCCUUUUCUUUUCCAAAAACAAACAAACAUAAAAAGAUAAAAAAAACAAAAACAAACAUACAAACAAAAACAAAAAGAUAUGCUUGAGUUCUACAGUCGUCCUCAAUCUUUUCUCUGUCAGGACUAACUCGUCAGGUCCGAUGACAAAGCUUCUCCUGGGAAGAUGGAGAUGUGUGAAGACAGAGAACUGAGCACAAAUGUAGUUUUAGAGAGGGUUUAAUAAUCUGAACUCAGAAUCUUGGUGACUGGGCUAAAAAAAGUUUCUCUGGCUUUCUUUAAUUCAUAUAUUUGUGGAAUUUUAUUGCUGUUAAAAAGCAGACAUUUAAAAAGAAAAAGCACCUUUUUCUUUAAUCAGGCUUUUGGUUUUAUGGGGAGAACUGAAAGAUAUACACUUUGGUUGGGUUUUUCAAAGGAGGAAAAAGUCCUGACCAGCAUUCAUCAUUUCAUUAACUUCCCUGAAGUUCAGGUUUUCAAAGAAAUUCUUUGAAGGCUGAAAAAGCACAAGCCGAAUUCUCCAUUGUCAAAAUGUUCUUCCUUUCACCUGAAUGAGAAUGCUCUACAGCGGAGGUUGGCUUUGGCUUGAGGAAAUAGGUGGUCUCAUCUUUGAGAGGCGGGACCUGACGGUGGGCUUUGCAGGGUAUCCUCGUCACUUCCUUAGCUUCAAGAUACAAACUAGUCCACAAAACAGUGAAAUAUUUAUGGUCUCACCCAAAGGGGAACACAGUGAGGUGUGAAUACGAAGAGAAUGUCUUUGAUAUGGUAUACUUGUUUGGGGAGCUUUCCUCAAAAUUCAUUAAGACAAAGAACAGGAUUUGCAAGUCAAAAAAAGAGACAGAGCAAGUGCUGGUGAAUGACCCUUGUAUCAGACACAACACAAACCCAGAUUUGCCUGUGUGUUCAUUUUCCUUCCCCUUACACUUCUCUGUUAUUUCUGUAUACCCCCUCUUAUUUCUGCAGAUAUUUUUCUCUCAGAUAAAAUGACAUUUUUGUUUUGUAUGAUUUUGUCUCUCCUUCUGAAUGCACUGACUGCUCUUUUUUAAGUCUCUCUCUCUCUCUCUCUCUCUCUCUCUCUCUCUCUCUCUCUCUCUCUCUCUCUCUCUCUCUCUAAGUCUGUGGGGUCUACAGGUCUUUAUUUCCUAUUAGUAAAUAUUGCCAUGGGAGGGGUUGUAGGAGGGGGGCAGGGGGUGUGUUAGCAUAUGGGUGGGGCAGCAGAUUGUAUGUGUUAAGCAACAGUACAAUUUUAUGGUUGGCAUGGUUUUUAAAGAAUGGAAUAUAAGAAUAGCUGUUAUGUGUUUUGAUGACCAAUUAUACUGUAUUUUAACACAAUGUAUGUCUGGUUUUUGUGGUGCUCUAGUGGUAAAUAAAUUAUUUCAGUUAUA